AUGGUUUUCAAGGUACAUAUUUCUUCUUAUUCCAGAGGAGUUCUAAUAGAAUUAGGGAAUCUUUCAAAACUGGAGAUAUUGAAUAUCGACAGGGCUUCUCUAACCGGAGAUAUUCCACCUUCGAUUUUCAACAUGUCUUCCUUGACAUACUUGAGCUUAUCUGACAAUCGUUUGUCGGGAAGUAUCCCAACUUUCCAAAAUCUACCGCAGCUUGUGGAGUUAUAUCUUGAGGAUAACAUGUUGACAGGUCAUAUUCCACAAUAUAUAUGGAAAUGCAAACAUCUUGAUACCUUAAUCUUAUACAACAACAAUCUUAGUGGAACCAUCUCUCGUGCAAUUGGAAAUACGAGCAUGCUUAGAAGGUUGGACUUGUCGUACAAUCAUUUCACAGGUGAAUUACCGAAAGAGAUUGGCACUCUACCAAAACUUGAGACUUUCACUGUGAGAAAUAAUUCUUUAUAUGGAUCCAUCCCAACUUCCAUAUUCAACAUUUCAACAAUGAAGGUUUUUGAAGCUGCAAAUAAUGAGUUUUCAGGCACUCUUCCAUCAGAUUUCGGGAAUUCACUAGUAAUUCUUGAACGACUCUAUUUGGAUAAUAAUAGACUCAGUGGCCCGAUUCCAAGCUCUAUCGCCAAUGCUUCUAAACUUACUUCGUUGAACAUGAAUACGAACUCCUUUAGUGGCUCCAUACCCGACUUUGGUAAUUUGAAGCUUCUACAAUCACUUCGGCUUUGGGAAAAUAAUUUAAGCGGAGCUGAAUUCCCAACUCGGGAAUUGACAUUUCUCUCUUCGUUAACUAAUUGUCGAUAUUUGAAGAGUUUGGGAAUAUCAGACAAUCCAUUGAACGGCAUUCUACCGGCUUCAAUUGGCAAUUUUUCCUCAUCUCUUAAGUAUAUUGUAGCAUCAAACAGUAACAUCAUGGGUGUCAUUCCUUCUGAAAUAGGAAACUUAAGUAGUUUGCUAAACAUAUUUUUGGCUGGUAAUCAGAUGAGUGGGCUCAUUCCACCAACAAUAGGAAAUUUGAAACAACUCCAAAUGCUAUAUCUUUUUGACAAUCAUUUGGCGGGAUCUAUCCCUAACGAUAUUUGCCGGUUGUAUCAUUUGGGGGAGUUGAGCCUUGAUGAGAACAUGCUUGUGGGUCCAAUCCCUGAAUGUUUGGGUGAUGUUAAAUCCUUGAGAUUGAUCUACUUAAAUUCCAACCAAUUGAAUUCCACCAUCCCUCCUACCUUAUGGAUGCUCACAGACCUUGUCAUUCUGAACUUGUCUUCCAAUCAUUUGAGCGGUCAAUUGUCAUCUCAAGUUGGAAAUUUAAAGAUGAUCAACUCCUUGGAUUUGUCAUCCAAUCAAUUUUCAGAUGUUAUUCCCAACUCAACUGAUGGUUGCCAAUCACUAACAUUUCUUCACUUAUCAAAUAAUAUGUUUAGUGGCUCCAUUCCUCAAUCACUUGGAGAAAUAAAGGGUUUGACUACGUUAGAUUUAUCUUACAAUAAUCUAUCUGGAUCAAUACCCAAGUCCUUAGAAGACCUUCCCUUUCUUCAAAAUUUUAAUGUUUCCUACAACAAGCUAGAGGGAAAAAUUCCAGAUGGGGGCAAUUUUCCUAAUUUCAGUGCUAUGUCUUUUUCCCACAACUUAGCUCUUUGUGGUCCUAUAAAAUUUCAAGUUGCACCUUGCUCAGAAAAUCAUCAUAGAUCAUGGUUAAAGAAACUCAUUGUGUCAUCAGUGGUUUUAGUUGUCGUCGUGGUCAUCGUAAUGCUUAUUCUCAUCAGAAAGUGUAAACAGAAAACAUUGGCACUCUCUGCUGAUAUUCCACCAUUAACUACUGAAUGUAGGAGAAUUUCUUAUAUAGAACUUGAACGAGGAACUAGUUCAUUUAGUGAAACAAACCUACUUGGAAGGGGUAGUUUUGGUUCUGUAUUCGAAGCAACACUUUCUGAUGGGUUGAAAGUUGCAGUAAAAGUGUUCAACUUGGAACUGCAAGGAGCAACAAGGAGCUUUCACGCCGAAACUGCUAUAUUGAGCAACAUUCGACACAGAAACUUAGUUCGAGUUAUUGGAUGUUGUUCUAAUAUGGAGUUUAAAGCAUUGAUCCUCACAUAUAUGCGUAAUGGGAGCUUGGAUACAUGGCUGCAUUCCGACGUGUAUCAUUUGGAUCUUAUACAGAGACUGAAGAUAGCACUCGAUGUUGCAGCAGCCUUGGAAUAUCUUCACCAUGGUCACACAUUCCCCGUUGUUCAUUGUGAUAUAAAACCAAGCAAUGUAUUGCUGGAUGAAGACAUGACUGCUCAUCUUACUGAUUUUGGUAUUUCCAAGCUUUUCGAUGGAGGAGAAACGUUCAUCCAAACUCAAACAAUGGCAACCAUCGGUUACGCAGCACCAGAGUUUGGAAUGGAAGGCAAAGUGUCGACAAAUGGGGAUGUAUACAGUUUUGGGAUAUUGCUGUUAGAGAUGUUCACUGGAAAAAGGCCAACAGACGAUAUGUUCGGUGAAGAAAGGAGCAUAAAAGAAUGGGUAAGUGAAGCAUUAGAGCAAAAUACAACAACUGAAUUGGUGGCGCUUGCUCUAUUAUCAAGGGAAGAUCAACAUUUUUCUGCCAAGAUGCAAUGUUUAUUGUCAAUGUUUGAAUUGGCAAUGAAAUGUUUAGCUGAUUCAGCAGAUGAAAGAAUCAACAUGAAUGAAGCAGCAACUGCUCUGCACAAGAUCUAUGCUAAAAUUGUGGCAGCUACAAGUACUCGUCGUCCACGAUCUGCUUUUUCUGUUAGUAUCGCCAACAAUGGGGUUUGA